AGCGAAAUAAUUCGAGAUAAUCCUGGUAUCCUGGACUGUGUGAAAGAAGGAAUCGGCAGAGUUGUCGGCAUGGGAGUACCUCAUAGCAAGCGUCUCCUUCCUCUGAUGGUCUUGACUUUUCCAACUGCGCUACAUGGAGUUCUUCACUAUGUCAUCAGUUCCAUCAUCCAGAAGCUUGUUUUGUUUGUUCUGAAAAGGGAUAAUUCGCACAACCUUCCAACUGAGAGCUCCACUUCUGUGCAGAGCAUGCUGGAUGCGUAUUUUCCAGAACUUAUUGCUAGCUUUGCUGCUAGCCUUUGUGCUGAUGUCAUGCUUUACCCACUGGAGACAGUUUUACACCGCCUUCAUAUUCAAGGGACACGCACAAUAAUUGACAAUACAGACCUUGGCUAUGAAGUGCUUCCAAUCAAUACUCAAUAUGAGGGUAUGAGAGACUGCAUAAAUACUAUAAAACGGGAAGAAGGAAUGCUAGGUUUUUAUAAAGGAUUUGGAGCUGUUAUAGUACAGUAUACCUUGCAUGUGGCAGUUUUACAGCUUACCAAAAUUAUUUACUCAACACUGCUUCAGAAUGUUUCUUAAUCUGUGUGGAUUUAGCACAGUGGACAUGAUUGACUUUACUAACCUAAUUAUUGUUUAAAAAUGACUUAGAAAAUGAAGUUUGAAGAACCCACUCUGUGGAUUCUCCUUACACUGUAAAAGAACUUGUUUUAAAAAUGGGGAUAUAGCUUCCUAAGUGUAAUUAAAAAAGUACUGUUUAAACUUAUAGACACAAAUUGAAUA